AUGGCCGCUCCGAGCAACAUGACAUCAGUGACAGUAUCCUCGUUCACCCCAGAGAUAUUGUACAGUGCACAAGUUGAAUUCAAAAUCCAAAACUACAAUGAACGCAUAAACAUUGGCUAUGCCACAUUCCUAAGGUCGCCAGCCUUUACGGUUGGAGGUUAUGAGUGGACACUCAACUAUUACCCAGAUGGCCGUUCUGAACAAACAGAGGGCCAUGUCUCUGUUGCUCUUGAACUCAUGGGUACUGAAACUCUCUGGGCUAUUCUAAGCUUGACAUUUGCAGACCAAGUUGACAGGUCGGCAUGGGCAGGAUGGGCAACAGCAGCAUUCCUGAACAGUAACAACAAUUUUACCUUUUACUGGCCUGAAUUAAGAAGCGAGGUUUUCGAACAAAUGGGGCUCGUGCAAAAUGAUUGCCUCGAGAUCCAGUGCCAGAUUUCUGUUUGCAGGCCAAAUCAGUUGUUAAAAGCCGGAUUGCUUCCUGAAGUUGAGGUUCCGGCAUCUGAUAUGUUACAAAACCUAGGUAGGUUUAUGGCCGACCAUGUGGCUGCUGAUGUGAUGUUCAAGGUAGAACAAGAAACUUUCCAAGCUCAUAGAAUCAUGCUAGCUGCAUGUUCGCCUGUGUUCGAUAAGCAGCUCAAUGGUCAAAUGAGAGAGAAAGACAUGGGCUGUAUACUAGUGCAUGACAUGCAACCUGCUGUCUUCCAGGCUCUUUUGCAUUUUGUAUAUACAGAUUCACUGAUUGAUAUGAGUGACAAAGUUGUUGGUGACCAGAUUGAGCUGAUUCGACAUUUGCUUGUCGCUGCUGAUCGCUACUGUAUGGACAGACUGAAGAAUAUAUGUGAAGGCAUCUUGUGCAAAUGUGUGGAUAUGGAGAGCCUGCUAACGACCGUAGGGUUAGCGGACCAGUAUCAUUGCAUGAAGCUUCUUGCUGCUUGUGUGGACUUCCUCAAAUAUUCAGUGCAGAGGGACAUUGUUGAAAGUCAGUGGUAUCAGGUGCUCAGGGAUAACCAUCCAGAUGUUGCAGCUCAAAUCUGCAAGGGAGUGGAGGAUGUUCGAAAAUUAAUAAACUGA